ACGCACGUGCUGCCUCUAGCGUUUAUUCUAAAGAGUUUAUCUGCGAAUGAAAAUAUUUUGGAGUUUUUUAUAUUUACAUGCAACAAGUAAAUAAAUAAUUAAAAAAAAAAAUAAUGUCAAAAUUAAUAUUGAAUGAAGAUCAUAAAAAUCAUUUAGAAUUUUUAGCUACACAACCCUCGCAAGUUCUUCAAGAUUUUUGUAAACUAUCCACUGAUUUUUUGCAAAAAGGACAUAACUACAAAUUUUAUACAAAUGCUGCUCAAAAACUUGAAGUUGAGCCAGACAAUAUCAAACAUUCAAUCGAAGGAUUAAUUUAUUUAAUUAUCGAAUCAUGUAAAAAUAAGUUAACUCCUGAUGAUUUUAAAGAACUAGUAAUUUCUCUAGGAUUUACUAAUGACAAAGAAUCAUUGCUAAGUAAUUUAUACACUUCAAAACAAUCAGAAAUAAAAUCAUCUCUAUCAAAUAUUGGUUUCAAAUUACCGGAGUAUCAUAAUAUGGAGUGGAGAUUUGAAACUCAAAUCGCAUCAAGAUCAAUGUUGACACAAUGCGAACCUUUUGUAACGAUGGACUUUGCCUUGAAAAAUGCCGACGAUUCAAAAAAAUUAAAACACAUCGUCCUCCAGUCAGAUGCCACAAAUUUGCUACACAUUGCCGAGGAACUAGAAGCAGCUUUACUAGAAGGAAGUAGUCAGCAACUUCGUAAGAUUAAACGUUCACUAAAGAUGGACUCGAUAUCAACUUCGAUACCAACACUGAUCACCACGACCGCUUCAGUGGAAGUGUCGCCUUUAUCAGGAGCUGCAUUGAUAUCUCACGCUGCUCUGUCAAUGGGACCACAUGCCGCGAAACAGUGGAUGCGAUACAGCAAUCAAACUGUCGCGGACAAAGUACCCGAGGAGAUGCUCCACUUGGUCGACCCGCACUGGUACCAGUAUCCACCGAUGCACCACAUAUGGCACAAAACACUUGGGAUAGUGAUGAUCGUGAUUGGAAUACUCGGCUGGACUGGCAAUGGCUGUGUCGUCUACAUUUUUUUAAUCACCCCUUCUCUGAGGACACCCAACAAUAUUCUUGUUGUCAAUCUCGCGUUCUCGGACUUCUUGAUGAUGGUCAUCAUGUCACCGCCUAUGGUCGUUAAUUGUUGGUUCGAGACUUGGAUACUCGGAACACUGAUGUGUGAUAUUUAUGCAAUGUUCGGUUCAUUGUGCGGAUGUGUAUCAAUUUGGACGAUGGUACUGAUCACAUAUGAUCGAUACAAUGUUAUUGUUAAGGGUAUGUCCGGUACGCCAUUGACAAUCCCCAGAGCAAUAAUUCAAGUCUCAGUUGUCUGGAUAUUAGCUCUCGCUUGGUCACUUCUUCCACUAUUCGGAUGGAAUAGAUACGUACCGGAAGGUAAUAUGACAUCAUGUGGAACUGAUUAUUUGACAAAAGACUGGGUGUCAAGAUCAUACAUUUUAGUUUAUUCUUUAUUCGUCUAUUACACUCCGCUCUUCACAAUUAUUUACUGCUACUGGUUCAUUGUGUCGGCUGUAGCGGCCCAUGAAAGAGGAAUGAGAGAGCAAGCUAAGAAAAUGAACGUCGCGUCUCUCCGUAGCGGAGAGCAAGAAGGACCUAGUGCUGAAGCUAAAUUAGCAAAGGUAGCUCUCACUACAGUAUCGCUCUGGUUCAUGGCAUGGACGCCGUACCUAGUAAUUAAUUACGCCGGUGUCUUCGAGGCAUCAUUCUUAUCUCCACUUUUCACAAUCUGGGGCUCUUUGUUCUCUAAAACUAAUGCAUGUUACAAUCCACUUGUCUACGCAACUAGUCAUCCAAAGUAUCGCGCUGCUCUUCAUGAGAAAUUACCGUGUCUGGGUAUCGGAGCCCCACCAGCACCAAAAACCAGCGAUACCGCUUCAGCUAAAACUGACGCUUGAAUAACGACUGAUCAACAAAUCUAUCAGCUUGUACAAAAUUAAAUAAUUGUUCUUAAAAAAUAAAUAUUUUAUUUCCCAAUUUGAAUAUUUUCAUUCAUACUCUGCUAUUAUU